GCUUCGCACUUCCCUGGCUUUUUUUUUUUUUUUUACCCCUUUCCCCUCUCCCUCCCUUCCCCAGCCUGAGGGGUCUUGAGGUGACAGCGACUGCAAUUGCGACUCCAGCAGGAGGAGGAGAAGAUGGAUAAGGGGAAGGCUGGGAGACGGCGGUCUUCAUCCGAAAUUGUCACAGAAGGAAAAAGGAAAAAGUCUUCAUCUUCUGAGUUACAUAAGAUAACAAAGAUGUUAAAUGCAAAACCAGAGGAAGUUCGUGUUCAGUCACCACUGCCCAAACUCAGAAGCUCAGGACGCUGGAAUCUCCCUUUGCAGGGGUGGGAAAGAAGCCUAAGAAAUAAGGUCCUCUCACUAGAUCAUAAAAGUAAAAAAGGAGUCUGUGGGCAUCCUGUCGCUUCUAAUACAUCACCAGAAAGUUCAGAGGAACAUUCAGUGGCUCCCAGCAAGGCAUCAGGAGGGAAGUACCAGAGAGUCAUAACUUCUGAAGAGUAUGUCUGGCUGAGAAUGGACUUGGCCCAAGCAAGACCAAAAUCAACCUGUUUGAGAUCUCCCAGGCAACUCAAAGUUAUGUUGACGAAUGUCCUAUGGACGGAUUUAGGACGAAAAUUCAGAAAGACCCUACCUAGAAAUGAUGCUAAUUUAUGUGAUGCCAACAAGGUGCAAUCAGACUCAUUGCCUUCGACAUCUGUUGACAGCCUAGAGACAUGUCAAAAAUUAGAACCUCUUCACCAAAGCCUUAAUUUAUCUAAAAGGAUACCCAGAGUUAUAUUGACGAAUGUCCUGGGAACGGAGUUAGGAAGAAAAUACAUAAAGACCUCAUCUGUAACUGAGGCCAUUUUGAGUGAUACAGACAACUUGCAAUCAGAGCAGCUUUCUUCAUCAUCUGAUGGCAGCCUAGAAUCUUGUCAAAAUCUAAAUCCUCACAAGAACUCCUUUUUAUCUGAAAGGAGUUCACAACCAAGUAAGACAGUAGAUUAUAAAUAUGCACAGCAGUCUGUGUACACUAAAGGAAAACGAAGAGAUGAUGACAGCAUUUCUCUUGUAAUAUCUAAUACUCAACCGAAAGACCUCAGUAGUGGAAGCAGAGGUUCUGAUCAUCUUGAAGAAGGGAGCAGACACAAGGAUUAUACAUAUUCUGACUCAAAAAUGGAACCUACUCUGAUUUCCAAGAAGAGAAAGAAAAGGCUUAGAAGUAAUUUACCUGAUUCUCAUGAUUCUUCUUUGUAUAAGUCAGCAGAACAGACAAAAGAACAAGAAAAUGACUCAACAGUAUCCACUGAGUUUGAAAAGUCAAGUGAAGACUACCAUCAAGACCCAAAACUGCUUGAAGAAAUUACAUCUGUACUUAUAGAAAGUGAUUUUACUGAAGUAUCCUUACUUAAUAAUCAAGAGUUGGCUUUGACUGCUGCUCCAAAAAACACCUCUGACUGUUCAACUACUGAAACUUUUGAGAGCCCUAUUUCCACUGAUCCUGUGGGAAAUUCUACCCUAGGUGAGAAGGAUGAGAAUGAGUUGAACACAAUAGAAAAUCCUGUUUUAAGUGAACAGAGUGAAGGGAACCAAUCUUUGAUCUCCACUGAACCAAUUGUUGUUUCCAGUGAUGAUGAAGGACCUGUUCAACAUAAAAGUUCAGAAAUUCUUAAAUUACAACCUAAGCAAGACAAUGUCAUCACUAAUGAAACUGAGAGUGCUUCUGAGUCAGCAUUGUCAGAACUACCAUUGAUUACAUGUGAAUCUGUACAGGCUUCAUCUGAAUUAUGUCCAUAUAAUCCUGUCAUGGAAAACAUUUCCUGUAUUGUACCUAGUAAUGAGAUGGAUCAACAACUGGAUUUUGUACUUACUUCUGUUUAUAUCGGUAAAAUAAAAGGAGCUUCUAAAGGUUGUGUUACACUCACUCCUAAGUAUAUAAAGAUUCCAUUUCAAGUGUCCCUGAAUGAGGUUUCAUUGCUAGUGGAUACCACACAUUUAAAGAGGUUUGGAUUAUGGAAAAGUAAGGAUGAUGAUCACAGUAAAAGGAGCCAUGCUAUCCUUUUCCUCUGGGUCUCUUCAAAUUAUCUUCAAGAGAUUCAGACCCAAUUAGAAAACUCUAUGUUAAGCCAGCAAUCAAAGUCAACUGAAUUCAUUUUCCUUGAGCUACACAAUCCUAUUUCACAAAGAGAGGAAUUGAAAUUGAAAGAUAUUAUGACAGAAAUAAGUACAACAAAUGGAGAAUUAGAGCUUUCUUAUCCAUUGUCUUGGGUUCAGGCAUUUCCCUUAUUUCAGAAGCUCUCUUCAAAAGAAAGUUCUUUUAUUCAUUAUUACUGUGCCUCAACAUGUUCCUUCCCUGCUGCUGCUGAAGAAAUGAAGAUGAGAUCAGUAUCACAGCCCACAAAUACGGAUACACCCAAGCCUACUUACACCUUCCUGCAGAAGCAGAGUAGUGGUUGCUACUCACUUUCUAUUACAUCUAAUCCAGAUGAAGAAUGGCGAGAAGUCAGACACACUGGACCUGUUCAGAAGUUGAUUGUGUAUCCUCCACCACCUACUAAAGGGGGAUUAGGAGUAACUAGUGAAGAUCUGGAGUGCUUAGAAGAAGGGGAGUUUCUUAAUGAUGUAAUCAUUGAUUUCUACCUGAAGUAUCUUAUACUGGAGAAGGCUUCAGAUGAACUUGUUGAACGAAGUCACAUUUUUAGUAGCUUUUUCUAUAAAUGCUUGACGAGAAAGGAAAAUAAUUUAACAGAAGAUAAUCCAAAUCUUUCAAUGGCACAGAGAAGGCAUAAAAGAGUAAGGACAUGGACUCGUCACAUAAACAUCUUUAAUAAAGACUAUAUCUUUGUGCCUGUUAAUGAGUCGUCUCACUGGUACCUUGCCGUCAUUUGUUUUCCAUGGUUAGAAGAAGCUGUAUAUGAAGAUAUUCCACAAACUACAUCACAGCCCUCCCAGCCUCAGCAAUCCCAACUUGACAACAAAACAAUAGAUAAUGAUCUACAGACUACUUCAGCACUAUCCUUGGGUACUGAGGAUUCUCAAAGUACUGAUACGAACAUGACAAUACCAAAGAAAAUGUGUAAAAGGCCAUGCAUUCUCAUAUUAGACUCUUUGAAAGCUGCUUCUAUACAAAACACAGUUCAGAAUUUACGAGAGUAUUUAGAAGUAGAGUGGGAAGUUAAAAGAAAAACUCAUCGUGAAUUCAGCAAAACAAACAUGGUGGACCUAUGCCCUAAAGUUCCUAAACAAGAUAAUAGCAGUGAUUGUGGAGUGUAUUUACUGCAGUACGUGGAAAGCUUCCUUAAGGAUCCUAUUGUUAAUUUUGAACUUCCAAUUCAUUUGGAGAAAUGGUUUCCUCGUCAUGUAAUAAAGACCAAACGAGAAGAUAUUCGAGAGCUCAUUUUGAAACUUCAUUUACAGCAACAGAAGGGCAGCAGUAGCUAGUUAAUCUGUACAAACAUGACACAGAUGUUCUAUACGAUUACUGGAAAGCUACUUAGCAGCAUUUGUGUUAGCCAGCUCACAGAGGAGAAAAUAACUUGCAGUAGUUUUAUAAGUCAUUGAACAUUAUUUAAAAUAUAUAAGAUAUAUUAUUAGAAUUGUUGGGAUCUCAUAGAUGCAGUGGAAAUGGGGGUAAUAUAGAUAAAAUUAUUAGAUAGAAAUUAAAAUUUCAUAAAUAUUUGAUAUAUAUUUCUUAUUAAAUAUGCUUGGAUUAUGCAAUAGCAUAUGUAAUGUGUGAAUGUUUUUGUAGAUAAUACAACUACGUGAUUCUGUACUUCGAUGUAACUGAGGGUUGAGGGGAGCUAGGUCCUUCCUGGUGCCAGCCCCAGGGCUUGUCAGCUUUGUUGACAAGUCCCAUUAUAUUGUAAUUCUGUUCUUUGCAGCUCAAGCAUGCAGUAUAAAUACUGUGUAUUUUUUUAAAAAGGAAUUUAGUAUUAAGGCUUCAGAAAAUGCCAUUUACGGCAUCCCUUCUGUAUGGUAUAAAAGAAGACAUGAUGUUAGGAAGAUGAUAAAAUUCACUCUUUCAAAGCACAGCUUAUUUUUCUUAAUUGCUAAAUGGAACUGUUACUCAGCUCUAAUUGUUGUUUUCCAUUCUUUUGAUGUUAUAUAUGGGGAUCUGAUAAUUUAAUUUAGUUCAUUCAUUCAGAGUGAAAUUUGGUACAAAAAAAUUCAGUUACCCAAAAUAGAUUUCUUAAAAUUAUAUAUGUAGAUCAACAUCAUUUAUUUGAGGUCUGGCUGUAUAUAAAUACCGACUCCUAUCCUAUUUUGAUAUCCCAGAGUAUAUGUUCACAGUUUCUGUAUCAAAGAUAAAAUUGGUGUCCACAUAACUUAGAAAAAAAUGCCCUCAAAAUCUUAUUGUUAGAACUAAGUUUACAAUUUCAGGCUCUGUUUACCCAAUAUUCAUCUGCAAAUAUAAACAGAUUACUCUCAUUGGUUUUAUAUUUUCAAAGUGUAGUUUUUAGAGACCUGUGAUCCCGUGGAAUUUAAGUUUUUAUCAAAUGUUCAGGUAACAGUUCUGAAUUCAUGUGAUGAUGGUGGUAUUUCAUAUGAUUAAACACUUCCCAGCCUUCUAUGUUAUCAGGAAUAUUUUGAAGGGAUGAUUGAUUAUAUUGUAUUUUCUCAGAUAAGAAAAAUGUUUUAAGAUUAUUAAUUUAAUCUUCUGUCUUAAGCAUCUCUUGGAUUUAUAAUAUAACUAUCUAAAGCAGUGAAGUAAAGACAAUUUCAGAUAGAGCGAAAAGUCGAAAUAUUUCAUUUCAAAAUCAUAUGAAUUGAGGUUGUCAUCAGCAUUCUUAAGUUUUUGUUAACCAUGUCUGCAUCUUUAUAUUGUUAAAGAUAGUUGUCUUUUGGAGAUUUCCUAUAAAGAUGGUUAUAAUUAUGUUUCAUUCCUGAUUUGUGUGUGGAGGAGGGGACUUUUCUAGAUGACUAUUAAUAAUUUUGUGAAUCUAAUUUUGGGAAAGCAAGUGUAUAAUACACUUUCUUGUGACUUCUUAACUUUUUUGUUCAUAUGUUUUUCAAUGAUACCACUGUCCUUUAUCAUGUUUGGAAGAUUGUUUAAAAUUCAUUUUCCUAAAUUCAUGUGGAAAUGAUGCUUUGAGAAUAUCAACAUUUUGUAUUAAACAUGUUUCCAGUUCAUUAAA